CUCUGUAUGAUAUAAAAGAAACAUUUCAACAUUGAAGCUGAUUCAGUGGACUGUAGUUCAGUGUUCAGAAACAUGGCUUGGCUUAACAGACACAUUAGAGCUCUGGUGUCAAAGAUUCAAACUCAUCGGAAACAUUUGUUUCAUUAUCUUUCCAAAAGGUCAGUUCUGCUACCGAUGGCGAUGAUCAUGUUUAUGAUUGGUUCGUUUGGACUAAUACGUCAGCUACCCCACCCCAGCGACACACAGAAGAGCGCCAGGUCCUACGUCAUCAAGUUCAGAAACGCCGCGCCGUUUCCCAUGUACUUUGACCUCAUCACCAUCGAGGCCGUCGACAAUCAAGGCCGUGGCCUCGACCUCGGCGACGACUCCAACAUUUUCAAGAACGUUGGCCACGACGAGGCAGCAGACAUGAAGCCGGACGACUUUGAGCAGGUCCAUAAGGUCCUGGAAGUCCCGAACGAAGAGUUUAACCUCAGGUAUGAGGACGGUGACCCCGUGGGCGGCCCCGAGCAGGAGAACGCUCAGCAAGAAAACGCCAUCUUGCAUUUUAGAAAGCACCAAGAAACAAUUCUGUUUUCGAAACAGAACACGGCCUCUAGAUCGUUGAACGAACUUUACGAGAAGCCGAGGCAACUAAAUAUACGCAAUUUACGUAAACAAUUUAGAAAUAAACAUUUACCACACGAGCUGACCUUUAAAAGGAACAAAAGGUCUGUGAAUGCUACAUCGGGCAAUUUACCUGACCUUGACAAAGACCUUGACCCUAAGGGUCUUAGGAGAAAUAACGAGGAGAAACUAAACUAUUCUACGAAGAAAAUUACGGUGUCGACCAUACCAACAGUGAAAAUAAGCAGACGCCGUGGUUCAGUGAACGAUAACUCUAAAGACAGAGUGUACGUUAAGAAAAGAGUUGUUGUUCCUGAGUCACAGAAGGACGGCAGAAUCUUACCAGAGACUAAACUUAGCUCUGCUGAUGCUCUGAUUGAAUCUCUGCGAGAUCACCCGCACGCCACGCCGUACCUGUCUGCGUUGCCUUACAACAGCAGCGAGCGCCGGAACGUGGUGUUCCUCAAAGUGCACAAAGCAGCCGGCACCACCGUGUUCAACAUCAUGAUGAGAUUCGCCCUCUCGCGCCAACUGGACGUCAUGCUCCCCAACGCCUCCACCGCCAUCACCGAGACGAGCUCCGUCAUCGACGACAGCGCGCUUCUUCCUUACCCGGCAGACCUGAAGUUCAACAUCAUCUGCAACCAUCUAGUCUACAAUCGUCCUCAAAUAUCAAAGUUCAUGAAAUCCCCGGACAAAGCAGUUUAUAUCGGCAUCGUCCGUGAUCCGUUCGAGCAGUUCGUGUCAGCCUUCACCCACUACCUUAACGUCCUCAAAAGACCUUUACUGGUCCAAAUCGCGUUGGACAACCCCAGAAAUCCCAUCCGAGGGUUUUUGGACAAUCCGCUGAAGUACGCUGACGUACCCAACUAUGACCUGGGAGUGACGUUCAUUAACAACAGGAUGGCGACAGAUUUGGGAUUCCCCAUGUGGAAUCUAGACAUGGAUAAAUACAGGAUCGAGUUUAUUAAGAACUUUCUAAAGGAAACGGAAGAGAGCUUCCACCUGGUCAUGGCCGUGGAGCUCUUCGAAGAGUCUUUGGUUCUGAUGAGAAGGCUUCUGAAUUGGAAGCUCAAAGACAUUCUUUACGUAAGGCAAAAUGACGAACUCUCUGCGCAGGAGACUUUGAAGCUCCCCUGGAAUACCAAAGUCGAAUUCAACAUGGAAGACAAAAAGAACCACAAACUUUUCUCCCCGGUUGACUACGCUCUGUACGAGCAUUUCAAGGGCGUGCUUCUGGAUAAAAUCCAGGCACAGCCACCGGACUUUGCUGGGGAGGUGGCCAUGCUUAAAACAGUAUUAAAAGACCUAGCCUCCUUCUGUGAGACGGCCGAGGAAGAUUCUGAGUUGUUGGUCUCGGCCAACCAGUGGACAGCGUCUUUCACAGUCAACGUAAAUGACUGUAAGAUAAUGACUUUAGGAGAAUCGGAACUUACAGAGCUGGGACGAAAGGUUCAAAGCGACAAAUACCACUGACCAAGUGACCAAUGACUAAAAGACAUUGAGUAAAAAUUAACUGACCAUUGACCAAAAAGUAAUGGAACUAGUGUUAAAUUUGAAAAGGUGUUCUCAUGUACAGUUGACCAAGUCAGUAUUUGACUAGAAGUGAAGCUAUAAUGUAGCUACAUUACAAACGAAUACACACUCACAAGAUAACACACACACACUAACACACAUACACACUCACACCACGACGUUUUGUUUGGUUGAAAUAUGGCACGUCAAAUUCCAUUUCCGCUGCUCUGAUUUACAUCGCUACACAUUCAAGCCAUCGUGUGUGUUAGAAAACUUCACUGUGACAUGUCACGAUGACAUUACUGUCUUCGACUGCAAGACACGCUGCGACAAGUCUACGACCUCAUUAGUCUGAGGAUACAUUUUUUUGUUUGGUUUCUUUAGAUUUGAAGUGUUCAUUUAAUUUUCUUGUUUCUCUGAAUGAAGUUUCAAAACAUUCAGAUUUAUGCUCAACAUUUACAAUUGAUAUUUAUAGUUAUUCAAGUUUCUUGAUAAGUUCGAACUGCAGACUAGAAACCGAAAAGAUUUUUUUUCUUUUAUAUUAGCUAUAAAGAAAUUGGCUUUAAACAAUUGCCCUCACUUUCUGAUCUUGCAUGGUGCUUAUUAUGAUAAGUUCAUCUGUUUGUAUGGCCUAAUGUUAAGAGGGUGUCGUGUGGCCAUCACAACAACAACCGCCUUUACUUUCCCCAGCUCUUAUAAUAUACUAAUUACAGUGGGGUGGACUCCCUGAGGGGCAUUACA